AUGAACGGCACAGAGGGCCCUGAUUUCUACAUCCCAGUGUCCAACACCACUGGACUAGUCAGAAGCCCUCAUGAGUAUCCGCAAUACUACCUGGCUGAGCCGUGGGUGUUCUCCUUCCUCACCAUCUACAUGUUUUUCCUUAUCCUCAUCGGUAUUCCCGUCAACUUGUUCACACUAUGCGUCACGGUCCUGCACAAGAAUCUGCGCACACCGGUCUACUACAUGCUGGUGAACAUGACAAUGGCUGACCUCAUCGUCAUCGUGGUCAGCUUUCCUUUCACCAUGCAUGCAGCCAUGCAUGGCUAUUUUGUCCACGGACAGGUAGGAUGCAACUUCGAAGGCUUCUUCACAGUCCAUGGUACCCAGAUCUCAUUGUGGUCCUUGGUGGUCCUGGCCGUGGAGAGGUUCAUGGUGUCCUGUAAACCCGACAUCGACAUUCGCUUCCGGCGGAAAUUUAUCGUUAAGGGCAUUAGCUUCACUUGGCUUAUGGCUUUCAGCUGCUCUUUGCCUCCUCUCUUUGAGUGGUCACGAUAUAUCCCAGAGGGAUUGCAGUGCUCAUGCGGCGUUGAUUACUACACCCUGAAGCCUGAUCUCUUCAACGAGUCCUUCAUCAACUACAUGUUCACAGUGCACCUCGUCAUCCCAUUGACCGUCAUCUCGCUGUGCUUUGGCCGACUGCUUUGCGUCGUAAAUAAUGACACCUUUAACAAAAACGAACGAGAUGCCAACUGCUUGACGGUCCUCUUGACUCUGGGGUUCUUCAUGUGCUGGCUGCCGUACGCUAGCUUUGGCUGGCACAUCUUCUCAAACCAAGGUAGUGCCUUCAGUCCCUUCGCCAUGACUUUGACCUCCUUCUUUGCCAAGAGUUCGGUGUUGUACAAUCCCCUCAUUUGCAUUUACAUGGACAAGCAGCUCCGUCAAUGCAUGGUCAUCACGCUAUGCCAAGGAAAAAACCCUUUUGCAGACAAGGUUGGAGCCUCUGCGUCCUCAUCUGUCUCGUCCGGCUCAGCGGCUCCGGCAUGA